AUGAACAGUGACAGAAGACGAAUCACCGGCCCAACGGAUGCCAAAACACCCCAAAUAGGCAUUUCGUCCGGUAAAACCGCAACACCAAAAAAAGAAACACCCCAGCAAACCCAUGGCCUUCGAAAAUUCUUCCUUAGAUCCGGCCUCACAAAAAACGCCAAUGGCCUGGCUUAUCUAGAAGUUGGAAACACCAUCCUAGAAGUCAGCGUUUACGGACCUCGUCCAAUCAGAGGCUCCUUCAUAGACAGAGCAUCGUUUUCUGUGGAGUGCAAGUUUUUGCCCUACUUAACACAACCCAAUGAGGUGAUCUUUAAUGCCAGUGAUAAACGCAAUGGAAGAACUGGCUUGACGAAUAUCGAACAGAGAAUCAGCACGUAUGUGGAGACUGCCUUUUUGCCGUCGAUAUGCGUCGAAAAGUACCCCAAAUCGACCAUUGACGUUUUCAUCAAUGUGGUCGCCUUUGACCCUACCACUGGAACCUUACCUAAUUUAAUAUCGUGGGUGGUCAACUGCGCCGCUUUGGCGAUGGUCGAUUCAGGCAUAGAAAUCAAGGAUAUGGUCACGGCAGGCCAUGCUAAGGUGGACGGGAACGAGGUUCUUUUGGAUCUGCAGCUUGUGGAAGCAGACCAGAGCUCAGGUACAGAAUGUGUGGCCAGUUUCAUGAGAAUGCAGGGGAAUGAGAUGGUGGCUUUUUGGGUCGAGAGCAGCGGAGCAGAGGAGGUGGACGAGACGAAUUUGGAGAAGUUGGUGGGUGGAUGUGAUGAGAUGUCGACUGAGGUGAGAAAGAACUUGAACGGGUACUUGUUGAAGAUUGCCAGAGAGGGGGAUAAGGAGGAAGAGGAGGUGAAGGAAGAGGACGAUGCUGAGAUGGCGGAAGCGUAA